CGCUAUAGCAACAGACAGCAAUAUGGCGUUCACAAACAACCCAGUUUUGUUUUAGUGCUAGAUAUUGUUUGAUUUUACAUAUUGAAGAGACCUCUACCUAACCAUCAUGCCUCUAGGGCCAUUUGGAGAGGUGGUUGGGACCACUGGCACUCUAGAGGCCCUUGGUCCGGAGGCUGCCAACUACAGGAGCAAAGUCAUUGCUCCUAGGAACCCCAAACUCCUGAAGCCGGGAGAUGAGGAAGGACACAAGAUGACACCGAGUAAGUUUUUGUUCGACAUGCAAAUGGACACUGAACAGAAGCUGGCCAAUACACAUUACAUGAAGGUUCCAAGGAAAAUCGAGCUGCUGGAUAUGGCCGACACCAGCUUACAAAGGUUUUCACAAGUCAACAUAGAUGAACCAAUGUUCCAGCCCUACCCAUCAGAGAUAUUUUUCCAGAACUUUAAGCCCUUCGAAGUGUAUGAAGUGCCGCUGAUUUUGAGGAACAAUGACAAGGUUCCUCGCCUAGUCAAAGUGACCCAGGCUGAUUCGCCGUAUUUCAGCGUGAUUAGUCCUCAUGAUGUUGGACAUAAAGUGGGACCAGGACUCCCCACAACCUUCAAAAUACAAUUUACUCCCGAUGAGAAAAAGGACUACAACCAUGAGUUGGUGUGUAUUACGGAACGUGAGAAGUUUAUUGUUCCUGUCAAAGCGAUCGGAUCACGCGCUAUACUGGACUUCCCGGAUAACAUUGUCUUUCCUGUGGGACCGGUCAAAAACACAAUGAGCAGGACACUUCUUAUCCGAAACAUUGGCAAUAAGGAAGCCAGGUUUACUCUCUCUGUAGACAAACCAUUUACAGUAAGUCCAGAGAUAGGAACAUUGCCAGUACAGGACAGCAUGCAGGUCACUGUGGAGUUUAGACCAAACAAGACUGGCGAUCACAUGAAAGAUCUCAGCCUCCAUUAUCAUACAGGUGAAGAUGUAUUGAUAGCUCUUCACGGACAAGCUCAGGACGGAAACGUACGGCUGGAUAAAAACUCUCUGAGAAUUGAAAACACCUUUAUAUCCAUGGCCAAUGAGAGAACAAUUAUGAUUCACAACAGGACCGACGUGAUCGCUCACUUCCGCUGGACACAAUUCGCAACACAGGAAGAGGAAAACCACCAGAAAAACAGAAUGACCAGCACACUAACAUCAGAGGAAGAGUCCGAUACCGAGAAGUUCCUCCAGGAAUGUGUCCAGGAUCCCACUCUUCGUGAUAAACUUUCCAUACUGGGACGGACUUUCCAGAAUAGAAGGAUGCUGGUGGAAAAUGACAACAUGCUUUUUAACGAUGAUGUGGUUAAGAUUGAGCCUGUCGAGGGAGACAUUUGGCCAAACUCUAGCUUUGAAGUCAAUGUAAUAUUCAAGCCAAGAGAAGCUCAAAGCUACACAAGGACUGCCUUCUGUGAUGUAACUGGGCGAGAGAGUCGUCUGCCCUUGAGGAUUCGCGGCGAUGGUAUUGGACCGAAUGUACAAUUCUCGUUUGAAUCCUUAGACAUGGGGAAUAUUUUCAUUGGCUCUAAGCACACUUACGAGGUUGUGCUUGCGAAUAAAGGUGACAUUGAUGCUAUUUAUAGUGUGAUGCCGAACUCCAGCAUCUUUGGACCGUGUUUUAGCUUCAACCCUUCGGAAGGCAUCGUGAUGCCAGGCGGCCACCAGGCUAUCCACAUCUCCUUUUCCAGUCCCUACCUCGGAGACUUCCAGGAAACCUUCAAGUUCCAAAUAGAUGGCCAGCCCGAAAUACUGGAGGUCCAGUUCAGUGGCUCUGUGAUAGGACCAACUUUUCAGUUCAAUGUCCCAAAGCUCAGGUUUGGGGUUGUUUCAUACGGAUUCCUCAACACCCAGACUUGUAUGUUAAAAAACACAUCCCUUGUGCCUAUGACUUUCCACUUACGAGUGCCGGGAGACGGUAACACGGACAGUAUCUGCUGCACUAGCGACCUCGAAAGUGAUUCCAGCUCUCCCCUACCCAAACCAGGGGCAGGGCCCUCGAGGGAGUUCGAGAUCAUUCCAGCAUCUGGAACUCUUCAACCUCAAAGUGAGACCAAAAUCACCGUUAAGUUCAUCUCGAACACGAUUAAGAAGUACGAGAUGGUUAUGGUGGUUGAUGUAGACAAUGUUGGCGAGGAAAUCCUGUCGCUGCCGAUUCACGCAAAGUGCAUUGUGCCAAAUGUGUCCGUACUGAGUCCGAUGCUUGACUACGGCCGAUGUUUCCUGAGGCAUUCCUACGAACACAGUGUCAAGCUCCAUAACGACACUGAUCUUCCUGCCAAAUACGAAUUAAUCCAACAACAUAUAGAUAGAGACACACCAAUCACAUACAGUAGUCCUAAACCAAAGGGAAUCGUGGAGCCCCACUCUCUGUGUGAAGUCCCCAUGGUUAUACAGGCUGAGAUGUUGGAGGAACAACACGUUAUUUCCUAUUUCUCCAUAUUUGGAAGUCCAGAUCCUCCACUGUCUGUACAGAUGAGCUGUACUGGAGAGGGUCCUGUCGUACACAUCUCUCCGAUGGACAUCGACUGGAACGUAAUCCCGGUACUGACGGACACUCCUAUGAAAGUCACACUGUCUAAUGAAUCCCUCAUUCCAGCAAAGUUCACGGCACAUAUGGUGAGAAACAAAUCGGUGUUCCGUGUAGAGCCAUCCGAGGGAGAAAUCCCAGCAGAGAAGACGCUGGAGCUGACAGUAACAGCUAACCUCAAUGAUUGUGUGAGAUUCCAGGAUAAAUUGCAAGUGAACUUUUUGGAAAGUCAGGUUCGUCACAUCCCCCUGACUGCAUACGGACAAGGCACUACUAUUGUGUCUGAUCCUCCACUGACUUCUCACCUCAACCUAGGACCAAACUUCAGUAACCGGCCCCUACAGAAGACCUUCACCUUGACCAACAAGAGUCGACGCCACCAACAGCUUGUCUGGAGUUUGGAUGGCUUUGGUCCCAUCGCCAAGGCUAAAAAGGAAAUGGCUUCCUACAAUGCACUUGACAUGAAGUUCAAAAACACUCCCCCACCACCAGAACCGAGACGGCCCAUAUUCAAACUGAACCCCAACAGGUUUGACCUUUCACCUGGUGCCAGUAUGGACAUGCAUAUUGAGGGACUGGUUGACAGUCCUCAAAAUGUGAAAGAGAGGAUGUUGUGUCACGCGAUCAUUGGACGACAGGGAGGGAAGGAGUUAAUCAUGAGAGUGGACGUAUCAGCCGACUUCAUCAGUCCGCUAUUAGAGUUCUCCACCAAAGCAGUAUACUUCAGGGUUGACAAGAAACCAGAGGAGGAACUCAGCCUCCAGGUUAGAGAGCUGAAAAUGACAAAUGUGUCCACGUUGCCCCUGUCCACCGGUCUGAAGCUACAGCAUCCCUUUCAGAUUAUUUUGGACGAUGGCUCACCAACUUCAGAAACGGAAGUCCGACUUGAUGUUAAUGAAGAGUAUACGCUGAUGAUCCAGUUUGAUCCGGCCUAUAAAGAUGACCUCCACAUACGUACCAUUGACGAGAUUCUCCAUGUCACCUACCGGGAACAUCCUCAUAUAGAUUACAUAGCAUUGAGAGGAGAGGUGUACUUUCCUAACAUUGACUUUGAGAAGACAGUGGUAGACUUUGGAUGUAUUUUAAAUGAUACAGAGGUCACUCGGUACGUUAACAUUACCAACAAUAGUCCGAUGGAGGUGAAGUACCGCUGGUCGUUCCUGGUCGGUAAGGAGCCGAAUGUGGUGAUCAGACACCCGCCAAAACCGGUAGUGACGCUGCCCCAGAUCGAGGAGACAGAGGAGGCGGCCGCGGAGGUCCAGCCGGAGAUAGCUGUCCUCAUACAGGAGCCAUCACAGACACAUCUGGCCGACAAUGAGGAGGUGAAGGAGGAAGAGGAGAAGGCCGACCAUGAACCGACAAAGGAAAGUGAGGUGUUGCUAGGCAGCAGUAUCCAUGGUGACGCAGAGGACCUUCAAAAGGAACAAGAGUCUGACCGCUCAUUUGACAACAAAGCCACAGAGGAACACCAGUCCAGCUUCCACACACAGGACGACGAAAGUCUGAAGGCUGUCGACAGCGAUGAUGAAAGGCCGGAAAAGGGCCAACUGGAGCAGGAAGAGGCCCCAGAGGGAGGUGUUGAUAAAAACCAAAUGGAGGGAUUGCGCUUAAGUUUGACCUCUCUCCGUGACAUUGCCCUUGAUGAAGAUCCUCUUCAGACAAAUCGCGCCCUGAGCGCCUUGUUGGAGAACAAUCGAGAAGAAACCCCAGUAGGUAUAGAGGAGGUGUUCGAUAUCCUGCCACUGUAUGGAAUACUACAGCCAGGCGACACUGAGCAAGUCACCAUGACCUUCUAUGGCCAUGCAGACAUCUGGGGGGAGACCAAGGCGAUCUGUGAAGUAGAGGGAGGCCCCACCUACGAACUUCUCCUCAAAGGAGAGGCUUCCUUAGUGGACUACAAAAUUGACUGCAAGGAGAUUGAUUAUGGAAAACAGAUGUAUGACCAUGUGGCUUCAGCAGAAAUAACCCUUUGUAACACUGGGAAGGUCGGUUUUGAAUUUUGUGCCAUGGGAAUGGACCCUACUCUGUCCAAGAAGCCUGCUCCUGGAAUUCCUAUCAUGGUACCUCACACUGGUUUUGUGGAACCAUUGUCGGAGCAGAAGCUAGUCAUCAAGUAUCUUCCUGGCGUGCCAGAAGUGUUCUCCAAAACAUUCCACAUCCAAGUGGCUCACUUUGAACCAGACAAGAUUUGUAUCCAAGGAGAGGGUGUGUUUCCACGGAUAUCUCUUGACCUGCCACGGACUUCGGACCCAGAGGGACAUUACCAGGAAACAGUAAGACAAGCAAAGGAGAAUCUAUAUUCUGCCAGAACUUUCAACAAACCACUGACAGAACGUCCCCAGAGUUGUCUCCCCUCGUCACAACGUGUGCCUGGGGACCCGCUCAUGACACAGGACAUGCCCACUCAGCCACCAGAGUUGGAAGUGCAGAUGGAGCUAGAAAGGAUGACUGUCAAGGAGUUCGCCAUGGAUACGCAGAAUAACCAAUCGGCACGAAUAAAUGCUGGACUUGACACAACCCCGCCGGAUAGUAACGAGACCCGUGAGUCUACUGACACGGAGGGGCGACCCAGACGAAAGAAAGUCAAAUCGAAACUACCAGAGUACCUGCUAGACUUUGGCUACGUCGUGUUGGGAACGGUGAGGACACAUAUUGUACGAGCCACAAACACUGGCUGGUUCCCUACGUCCUUCCAGGUGGAGCGAGAAGAUAUCCACCAUUUUGGAUUCCACGUGGAGUUGGACCGGGUCAGGAACCUUCCUGGAUCACCCGAUCACGAGACAGUGGACUUUGUUGUUAGUUUUGAUCCAAGAGGUGCGAAUCUAUCGGAGGGAUCUGUGGAAACCGUUGUUCCUAUCAAUAUUAUAAAUGGGCCGGUUAUCCAGAUUCGACUCCGAGCGAAGGUGACAAUGCCAGAUAUGGAAAUCUCUGACGAUACAUUAGACUUCAACGAGACAAAGUGUGGUGAAUGUAAGGUCAUCACUAUCCAGCUUCACAAUCAUCAACAGGUCAAGUGUGAGUGGAACUCCCUGCCUGCUGACAAGGACAGCAAAAAGUUGGACAAACAUGUCCCCAUGCACUUACGCCGUAAGAUGAAACAAGAGAAACAGAAGCCGCGACACUUUGAGAUAAUGCCAGCUACUGGUACUCUGGUACCUGGCCAACGACAGAAUGUUCAAGUGAAGUUCAUGCCAACGGAAGAGAAAUACUACGAACAGCGUAUCCUCAUCAGAAUAGCUCAGAGUAGCCAGAGGAUUUUGCUGUUAUGUCGCGGCCAGGGUAGGGAGCCUCACCUGGACUUUGAUAGAAACAUGGUCGAGUUUGGACCCAUUCUCCCCCAUAGUACUGGUGAUGAACAGGACAUUAUAAUUAGAAAUCCUUGCAGCUUCCCUAUUGAAUUCUACAAUCUGGAAUUUGACUCUAACUACCUAGAGGAAGAAAAGAUACUGCGUCUGAUGAAGGGCUACGAUGAAAUGAAUACCAUCCUACUCCCACCGCGUGGACCAUCUGAGAAACUCCCACAGGAACUCACAGAACAUUAUGAUGAGCAAAUGAAAAAGUUGGAGGAGAUUGAGCGUACCCGGAGAGAGGCUGAGGAAGCGGCUGCAGAAGCUGCUCGUUUAGAGGAGGACAAAGAUGGUGAGAGCGGAUAUGGUGAUGGACGAGGAGAGGACUCUGAGGUAAAGACGGAUGGAGCUUUAGGUACGGCUGCUGGCUCCCACCCUCCGUCUGUCAUAGAGGAUAUCGAGGAUAGACUGAAGAAGGAAGAGGAAAGUGAAGCCCGGUCCACCAGUGCACUUGGAGUUGGCGAGCUUGAGAUUACGCCAGUAUCAGCUGCCAUCGCCCGCCAUCUUGGGAUAGACCUUACACCAGAAGGAACAGCUGCACGCAACCGAAGGGGGAUAGCGGUCAUUGUCAACGGUGCCCCGAUGUCGGGGAAAACCGUAACGGCCGUGGCACUAGCCAGAAUGUACGAAGCGGCUAUACUGACGAUAGACCAGGUCGUCCUGGACGCUAUCUCGACGGGAACAAAGUCAGGCAUGCGCGCCCGUGAGAUGUGUCAGGAGGCUGCUCGUAAGAGGGCCGAGGAGCUAAAACUUUUGGAGGGGGAGGAAAUCGAAAAGAAGGCGGGUGGAGGUCUGAGUGUCGAGGCAGUGACUGCUCACACACAGGGAACCACAAGCACUGCGGCUGUCUCACAGGCUCACUCCGUCGUGUCCAAUCGUAAGACUAGCACUGUUUCAGAUGUGAAGGGCAAGGACAAGCAUCACGGUGGCAGCGUGGCCGGGGCGAAGACCGGGAUCAAUACAUCAUCUAUAGAUGGAGCCACUGGUAGCCAGGUAACUUACGGAGGCCACGGGGCAGUUCGAGCCAAGCCAGGGGAACCCCCUACCUCUAAUUCAGACAAGGUACCAAGCAGCCCCCCACCAUUAGCAGCGCCCAUUGCUCGACGACUCAGCGUCAGCGCAAGUGUCGCCGGCGAGGAGGGACUUAUGAGCUGCGUCCUCCCUGAGGACCUCCUGGUCGACAUCAUCUCAGAGAGAUUACAGCUGAAUGACUGCCAUCGUGGAGUCGUACUAGAUGGCCUGGAAACUUUGUUCGCUCAAAACCUCCAGACGGCCGCCAAUGUUAUCCUGAAGGCCCUGAAUAAUAGACGCUUCAUCUAUUUCAUCUCACUAAAGCUUGACUACAGUGUAUUGAAGGAACAGGAGAAAAAGGCCCAGGAGGAAAAUGAACGCCUGGCUAAAGAAGAGGAAGAGAAAGACAGGAUGAGAUUGGAAGAGAUGUCGGAGGAUGAGUAUGAUGCCCUGCCAGAGAAAGACAAAGCAGCUGUUGACAUGAAAAGACUGGAAAUUAAGAAGGAAAGAAUCAGGAAGGAAAACGAAGAACGUAUGGAACGUGACCGUUUGGAGCGGGAGGCUGCUGAAGCUGAGGCCCGGAGACUUGAGGAGGAAAAACCCAAAAAGAAGGGUAAGAAGGGUCCAGAGAAACCUAAAGAAGAGCCUGCUAAGGAUGGUAAGAAAAGUGUGGUUGCCACAGGUAAAACAGCCAGCACUGAGCGUGUGCAGAAGUCCCAAGGCGGCCCUAAACCCCAUGACAGUGACCACCCUGUCAGUAAGGCAGGUUCUAGUGUCACAGACCGACCCGAGUCCCACCAGACCGAGAAAAGCGACACAGUUCUGGACGAUGGAAAGAUGCAAAGAAACCUGGGGAUGGAAAAGGAAAAGUCGGAUAAAGAAAAAGGAGAGAGUGAGGCAGAAAUUUGCCAUGAUCCUCUCAAAGAAUCCGAAAUCUUACUCAUGCAACGUUUCCGUACUAUAGAGCAUUCUAGUAAGGAGAUUGCUGACCUCAUAGAAUUCUGGGACAGGACAACUCUGGGCAUCAAACGACCACCCACUCCAUCAGAAAAGUCCGAGGAAGAUGGACAACAUCAUCCACCAUCUGGCAAAAAAGCCAAGGGAAAAGAUAAACACGACAAACAGGAGAAAGAAAAGGAGAAGGAAAGACAAAAACAGAUUGAGAAAGAAAACGCUGAAAGAGCCGCUAAAGAGGCUGCGGCAGCGGCUAACCAGCAGGGAGAUAUGGCAGAUGGCGAAGCUGUAGAAGAAGCUCCAAAGGAGGAUGACAGUUCUGGCAUCCCCCAUUUCCAAAUAGACUGCUCCGACAAAUCCAUCACACCCUUCGAUAAGCUCAUGGACCUACAGAAACUGCCGUCCAUGAAUGAGGUCCUGGAUGGAAUUGGACUUGGCCCCCGAGGUCCCCCUAUACCUCCAUCUGCCACAUUCGCCGUUGUGCCCUACCCUGUGAAGAGACGAGCUCCACCUGUCUCCGAGUUCGGAGGUCGCUACAUAUUUGUUGCUUCGUCUCCAGAUGAUCCAAACAUUGGUUUGCUCGAUGCUAAAGAUCCCGAACCCGAGGAGGAAAAGUCAGUUACCCCAGACAAAGGUAAUGAUUUGACAACGCCAACCAAGGGAAAGUCAGGAAAGACCGACAAGUCUGCAGGAAAGGAGGAUAAGAAAGGCGAGAGAAAGAAGAGUGCUGAGAGGAAACAGACCUCCAAAACGACAUCACGUCGCAAUUCAAUGCAGGUUCCGUCCCCACCCCCAGGGGCUGCCACACCUGUGUCGGACCUAGACAGCACUACCGGGGAGGGCUUUGGUGUAGCUGAUUCCAAAACACCGAAGUUAUCAAUCUUCCGAUGGAUUGUCCCAGCUAAUGGGGAGGUAAUUCUACGCCUGCGCUUCCAGUCCGAGGAGCUUGGCCAAUUUGACCAGACGCUCAACUUUGAAAUUGUUGGUACUCGUCGACGUUACCAGCUGUAUUGCCGUGGGAUAUGUGCCUUCCCCUCCAUCAGUAGAGAACCGAGAAUUGUGUUCCCGAGCCGUAAGAAGAGUAAGAAAUCCGAUGAAAUUGUACAUAAGAAGUACAUCCUGUCGUCAGAUACAUUUGAGUUUGGUCCGCUGCUCAUCAUGAAAUCUAGAGAAAGGUACAAGGAGGGCCGGUACCCAGAAAACAUGGAGAAACUAUUAAUAAACAACACAUCCCCGUUAGAGGCCGACAUCAGCUUCUGUUUCCAGCAUGACAGUAAGGGCGAAACAUUCCUCCUCGACCCGCCCAACAUGACGCUGAAGCCCGGCGACACACAGACUCUCACCAUAUGGGCGUACCCACGCUCCCCAGAGGUUUACGAGGACGCUAUAGUUUGCUGUAUCCGGGAGAAUCCAGAACCUGUUGUCUUCAAAGUUACCUGUGUCGGGGUGAAAGCUGAGCUGGAACUGGACAAGAAGGCGUUACACUUUGAGAAAGUCCUUCUACACAGGAAGGACACUAAGACGAUCUACCUAAGGAACAGCACUAUGCUGCCAGUAAGAUGGAAACUCAGCCUGUUGGAGAACCUUGGGGAUGACUUCACGGUGGCUGCGGACAAUGGCAUUGUAGAGCCUCGGUCUGAAUAUCCACUGCAUUUUUACUUCCGAGCUAUGAAGCCUGUACAAAGUGCUCGCAAAAUGAUCCGACUAGAGAUUUAUGAUGUAGACGAGAUAUUCGGCAUGUUUAGCACAGAGAACAUCACCGUCACAGCCGAGGCUUAUGACAUCGCCCUGGACAUGAGCUUCCCCAAAGGAGCUGAUGGUGGAUUGGAUUUCGGAACAAUACGGGUUGGAGAAGAACAGAAACAACAAUGCACUCUGAAAAACAGAGGCAAAUACGAAAUACAAUACCAAUUUGAUCUGGAGGACUGUGAUCCAGACAAUCCUAGCGCAUCCAAGCUGUUCACUAUUAUACCUCAGAAGGGCAGCUUGAGUCCCCUGGACCGACCGACCCAGGUCACGGUCUUGUUCAAGUCCAUGAAGGAAGUCCACAUCAAAGACCAGGCCAUCCUAAAGUGCCUGGUUAUCGAGCCGAACGUGGCUGAGGGAGGAGAAAUCAUCGCUAGUAUCCCUGUCAAAGUCACCGUAAAGGCCGGCUUUAAUAAGUACAACGUCUUACCGAUGAACGACAUCAACUUCGGCUCAAUGAUUGUCAACAGCAAGAAAACCCGACAGUUCGUUAUCCAGAACAAAGGCGAGUUCGACAUGAAGUACACCAUUGUUAAGAUGAUCAAGGAAACUCAGCAGUCGCAGACUCGUCACGCUCGCCCCCCAAUUAAGGACAAUAAGCGAAGUAAGUCACGGGACGGCUCUAGCUCCGGCCGGUCAGUGGCCAGACCAAAGAAGGCUGACUCCGUGAGACAAGAAGGGGUAACACAGUCACGCCUGCCACUACAGAUGUUUGUCGUUUCACCAGCCAUCGGUAUGAUAUCCUGUAACAAUAGUCAGGUGAUAAACGUGGAAUGUAUAGCAGAAACACCAGGCAGCUGUGAGGAGGAGCUGGCUAUAGAUAUUUCUGACCGAGACCCUAACGACCAUCCUGGCGGUAUUCCCUACAAACUCAUCGCAGAGGCAUGCAUUCCAUCCAUCAACGUGGACGACAUCGGCUCAAUCUUUGAGGAACAUAGAGUUUGCAAGAACCUUAGUGUCUGGCAGCAUAACAACCAGCUACAAAUGGAAAAUGAAGGCGGAGUGUAUGGAGAAGACGAGAAGAAAUUCGUAUUUAACAAUGUGAUCGUGGGACACAAAGCAACAGCCAGAUUCAAGAUCGCUAAUGUGAACAAAGUUCCUUGUGACGUUGUGAUGUCACUCAAGCCAAUCCUUGUAAAGGGAAUGACAAAGCACUUGGACGUGUUUGAGAUUGAGCCAGCGAAGGCUCUGAUACCAAACCAUAGUCAUGUGUAUGCUACAGUUACAUUCACACCUCCAUCCAUGCAGACAUUCUCCGCGACAUUCGAGGCUAGCAUUGAAGGUGUUCCGUCCAACCAAGCCAAAGGUCGUACCUUGACCUUUGACAUUUCUGGUGAGGGCAACUUGCCUCGCAUCAGCAUCCAGAAACCUACAGUUAGGAACAAGAGGGGACAGCCGUUGGUUCUGUUUAAGCGUAUAUUAUUGGGACGAAGUGAUGUGAUGCCACUGAUACUGGUCAAUGAUGGCACUCUGCCAAGUAAGGUCGAUAUCGACCUUAUUGACCCGGACAAAGCCUUCAAACUGAAACCAAAGGGCUCUACACAGGCUGUAAUGGAGGAUGACUUUGGAGUCACCAAGCGCCCUCACACAGCUUCUGUGAUCGUGAAUGUAGGCGAGGCUGCGGCCUUUGAUGUGAUCUUCAAACCUGGUGCUGUACAAAGAUCUCAGGCUCACAUUCGACUAACUGUGAUAGAUAACCAGUACGAGGAUUCUGUCAUCCAGCUGGUUGGAGAGGGCUACGAAGAGGAGAUAACUCUGGAUAACAUUACUAGUGUGGACGUACCUGUGGAUCCCGAAAAUGAGGAGGGCAACAUGGCAGAGGAUGAUGUGGGAGCUGCCAAGCCAAACUUGAUAAAGUUCGGUGAUUGUGCCAUCGGAGAACCUCGUACCCUCACAUUUGCUAUGACCAACCAUUCCAAAACUGACAUUUACCGCUUCCAAUGGCCAGAGAAUGCACAGCUGAAAUUCUCACCAAAUGUGGGCCACCUUCAUCCAGAAACAACCAAAGAUAUGACCGUCACGUUCAAAAGUGACCAGCCGAAAACUUUAACUGAGGAAAAGGUCAACUGCAAGGUCAACAAGAUCACGUUCGAGAAACCGGACAAAGUGGCCGACUGGGACGAUCGAAUCAGGACAGUGAAAUGGGUAGAUGUACCAACUUCUCCGCAGCCUUCCAGUGUCAAUGAUGGUGGUAACAAAGCACCGCUGUCAUCCCGACCAGCCAAAAAGAAGGUGAUAGAGACGGAGGCAGAACCAGUGUUUACUGAGGUUCCCGAUUCUACCCGCCAGGUGGACCUACUGGUUACUGCACUGUGUGACUACAGCAAAUAUAAGUGCAAGAUCGAGGCUGUCAACUUCCGAGACACUCUCAUGUUCCAGACCAGGGUGUAUGAUUUUACUCUGAGCAACAAAGGCACUGUGCAGAUGGACUAUAGUUGGCAAGUAGUUAUGGAAAACAUGCCUACCUUCCAGCGCGCUGUCACUUUCAUGUCUGAGGCAGAACGACCGGAGUCACGCAUGGAUCUGGCCGAUAGCAGUUAUGUCCCGUUCACCGUAGAACCAGAAUUCGGAACUUUACAAGCUGGCAAAAAAGCUAGCUUCAAAGUGCGAUUCUCACCGUUAGAUAUGAAUGAUUACGAGGCCAGACUGAUAUGCUCUGUCCCAAAUCUAGAGAAGACCCAACAGGGGCCAGUUGUGGCCCUCAGAGGAAAGAGUCUGAUGCCAUAUUGCCACUUUGAGCUGGAAGACUCCGACUAUAUUUCCAGCUCCAGGCGUAAUCCGGAGAUGAGAGGGCCAAGGGGAGCUCCUGCAGGCUCCACUCUGGACCCCAAUACUCGAGUCAUAGAGUUCAACUGUAUCGGAGUUGGUGUCAAGAACCUCAAAACUUUUGCCAUCGUAAACCCCACCAACCAACCGUACAACUUCGAGUGGACAUGCGAGGAUGAUGCUGAUCCAAAGAAGCCUGCAUCCUUCAACUGUGUUGUACCCAAAGGCCUCAUCAAAAGUGGGAAGAAGUUUCAGGUUUCCUUCGAGUACAUCUCACAUCAAGUGGACAUUGUGGAGUCCUUUUGGAAGUUCCAUAUCCCUGAGCAGGACAUCACUGUUCCGUUCCUGUUGGUUGGAAAGGCGCGUGAACCAGACAUCUCCAUGGAUCGUUCUCACAUGAACUUUAAAGCGCUCCUAAUAGGUCACCAGGCCGUCGAGCGGGUGUAUCUGAUCAACCAAGAGGACCAGCCGUUCUACUUCUGCUUUGAGGAGGAUUCAUGUCACUCGGCCGGAUACUCCGACCACCUUCGUGUGGAGCCGAUGUCUGGCAACAUUCCUGCGAAGUCCAGGUUGGGCGUGGACUUAUACUUCACUCCUACCACAGACAAGGAAGUCAACUUUAACAUCGUGUGUAGGAUCAAGAAAAAGGUGCUACCGGUCACCUUAAACGUGAAGGCUGAAGGCUACUCCAUGAACUGUACUCUCACCUGUGAGGACUCGCAGGGUAACAAGCAGGAGUUCUUCCAGGACACCCGCAACAUCAUCAAGUUCGGAGAGGUUGAAGUGAAUGAACAGCAGAUCCGGAACAUCUUUGUGAUGAAUUCGGGCAAAUUUAACUUCGACUUCCAGUGGGAACUCAAUACUGGGAACAAGAAGCGAGACAUGGUGUCAAUUUCACCGAUGUCCGGAGGAGUCACACACGGGGAAGAGCAGAAGUGUACCCUUCUUUUCUGUCCUCCGUGUAAAACAACACUGAAGGACUGCUCCCUCACUCUGCGGGUGUCUAAUGGUCCGAGCUACCAUGUGGCCCUGGAAGGACUUGGUGUCACCCCCGGACUCCACUUUUCUUUCCAGACCUGUAACUUUGGUAGCUGUUUUAUUUACCGUGCCGGAAUGCCUGCACACUACAAGGUCCUGAAGCUCACAAACAAGGACAAGAAAGAAAUUAGUGUCGACUGCUUGUACGCCCAAACCAACCAUCUCCAUCACAACUUUGAGGCGUGCGUUAUCCAGCCAGGCCAGUCUGUUGACGUGACCAUUACGUUCUACCCACGCCAGGCAAUCAAGUACAACGAGACCCUGACAUUUGAGAUAAACGGCCUGUCCAAACACAGUAUACAAGUGCUCGGAAAUGGCACAGAAAUGAAGAUCGAGGUUGCUGAUCCAAGACACAAAAUCUUAAACUUGGGUCCACGAGUCGUAAACGAUGUUGUCAAGAAGUACAUUCCGAUUGUGAACAACAGCCCGGCACCAAUAACCUUUAACCUAGCUCUGACCCCUGUGUCGUCAGCCCUUCAGAAACCAGGGGUCAUCUCCGUCUCCCCUACCAACACCAUCACUCUGGAACCCAAGGGAGGAACCAUCAAGGUGGAAGUGAUAUUCGCCCCCAAGUGUAGGAUUCCACAGUUUACGGAGGAGGUGAUGUUGGAGUGUGCUGGACUCUAUCAGCCCCUGUUUGUCCUCCAGGGCUCCUGUCUCGGCAUGGAGAUCACUCUGGACACCUAUGCCAUUCCAUUUGGUGCUGUCGUCAAGGACAGUCAAAGUACACGCAAACUCGUGAUGAGUAACACAGGCGAUAUGAAUACCAAGUUUAAGUGGGAUAACCGGAAAUUUCAGCCAGACUUUUCUAUUUCCCCGGCCGAGGGUUACAUAACAUCAGGAAUGGAUGUAACGUUUGAGGUGACCUUCCAUCCCAAACAGCUCAACCAGGAUAUCAGAUAUGAUAGCUUACGCUGCAUGUUCCCGGAGUCGAGUCCUCACAAGCCAGUGACCUUGACCUUGACAGGGAUGUGUGUGAGUCUCCCGCUACCUAAGGAGACCCAACACCUGUCAACCCAUGUGAGACAGGCCGAGACCAAGUUCCUAUCCAUCCCCAACAAAACCAACAUGACCUGGAACCUCAAACCUAUCAUUGACGGCGAGUACUGGUCAGGGCCGGUCACCUUCACUGUGGAGGCUGGUCAAACUAAACAGUUCCCCCUCACCUACCGUCCACUGACCAUGACACCGGAGGGCAAGAAACACCAGGGAACUAUAUUUUUCCCAAUGCCUGAUGGCCAAGGUUUACUGUUCAAUAUGAUGGGAGUUUCCGAGCCACCAAAGCCGAACGGAAAAGCCUCACUUGACGUUCCUUGUAAGGUGGCUCAUACAGAACUUCUGAGUGUUGACAACUGGCUCAAAAGGCCACAGAGAUUUGCUGUGCUGAGGGAAACCAUCAAGGCUGAGAAACUAGACACAGGGACUUCAGUAAAGGGUAUGGAGUACAUUGACGUCCCUGCCAGUGGUAAAAAGGACUACAAACUGACCUUUUACGCCCACAAGGAGGGCACCACCAUGCUCAAGGUAACAUUUAUCAACGAAAAGACACAGGAGUACCAGUUCUAUGAGGUGACUUUCCGGGCCACAAAGCAAGGCACUGUUGGUUCCAUCGAUCUGUCCACCCCGGUCAGACAGAGCGUACUCCACACAAUUUCUAUAGAAAACCCUCUGGCCUAUGCUGUAUCUUUUAACGGCACAUGUACAAUUCCUGAAGUCCUUAUGCCACCUCAGUUCAACGUACCAGCUAACUCAACGGGCGAGGUUAGCAUCGAGUACCAGCCUCUGAAGGUUGGCGACUUCCAGGGCAAAAUUGAGUACGUAUGUACUGACCUGGGCAGUUACACAUAUGAUCUGAACCUGAAGGCGACUGCGGCUGGACCAGAGAAGGCUUUAUACUUCAGGACGUGUCUAGGCCAGGCCCAGUCACACAUCGCCAAAUUCCUAAACUUCGCUAAACAAGCCAAAGCAGACUACACAUGCAAAACGGAUAAUUCCGACUUCCAUGUAGAGAAAUCCGUGGCCGCAGCUCCUGGCUCGACAGGAGGCACGGAAGUGAAUCUAGAGGUGACAUUCGAGCCAUCACGACUAGGUGAACAAAGGGCUACGUUAACGGUGAGCUCUCUACAAGGAGGAGAGUACAUAUUCCCGCUGUUCGGAACAUGUAUAGUGCCGAAACCUCAGGGACCUUAUAUCAUCAAGGCUGGCGGUACAACCCACAUCUCAUUCCGUAACGUGUUCGCGAGUACCACACCAUUUAUGUUCCAAGUAGACAAUCCAUUGUUCCACCUAACAAAACAAAGUGAAAAUGUGCGGUCUCGGAAGGAACAUCGUAUUGUUGUGGGCUUUGAUGGAAACGACAGCGGCUCUAAAGCUGUCGUCAUGGGUAAACUUGUUGUGUCGUGUGCGCGUUCAGCUGGUGGUAGCUCUAACGCCCAGUGGGUGUAUUACCUAAGGGGCGUCACAUCAUAGGCACAAUAACAGCUGUGCAAAGACUAAUAAUAUUUAUUAUAGACCUUGUAAAGGUUGAAUAUUCAUAAAAACCUUAGGAGUUUAAUAUGAAUAUAAUGAUUUUAAUGAUAAAGGAAAAAAACAACUUGCUGGAAUUAAAGAUAGAUUUAUGCAGGAAAAUUAGUAUCUUGGAAGUUGAUUUUCAAAUUGAAUUCCUGAAAGAACUUUACAGUGUAAUAUAAAUGAUAAGGAAAAACAGAACUUGCUAGAAUUAAAGAUGGACCAAAUGAAGAAAACUUUUGAAUUGCUGAAAGAACUUUACAGUUUAUUAUUCAACACAUUCCGUCCAAUGAAAAUAAUGUACAUGAUAUUUAUUGAAAAUUUUAUAUUUUUACAUUCUGCUUGUUUUGUAGAUUUUCUAUCUGAAAUGUUACUUUAUAUUCAGAUAGAAAGACGGAAUCGGACAAUAUAUUUCUGUAUAUGUUGAAAUGUAGCUAUUCAAAACCAAAUGUUACAAAAUAUUUAUUUCCUGUUACCAAUAUAUUAGCAUUUCAUUACAAUAACCAAGUGCUGAUGUUAUGUCUGUGAUAAUUUAAAGCAUGUGUCACUGAAAACAAUAAAGAUAUUUAAUGUAUUA